GGGCUGAUGUUAUCAACUUCGAUGGCCAUGUUGUGUUACCAUAUAGAUUCAGAAACAAGAAGAUGAAAACACUGAAAGAUGUCAUUGCAUUGAAGUUCAAAACCUCUGAAAGUGAAGGUGUCAUCUUGCAUGGAGAAGGACAGCAAGGAGAUUAUAUUACUUUGGAACUUAAAAAGGCCAAGCUGGUCCUCAGUUUAAACCUAGGAAGCAACCAGCUUGGCCCCAUAUACGGUCACACAUCUGUGAUGACAGGAAGUUUGCUGGACGAUCACCACUGGCACUCUGUGGUCAUUGAGCGCCAGGGACGGAGCAUUAACCUCACUCUGGACAGGAGCAUGCAGCACUUCCGCACCAAUGGAGAGUUUGAUUACCUGGACUUGGACUAUGAGAUAACCUUUGGAGGCAUACCUUUCUCUGGAAAGCCAAGUUCUAGCAGUAGAAAGAAUUUCAAAGGGUGCAUGGAAAGCAUUAACUACAAUGGCAUCAACAUUACUGACCUUGCCAGGAGGAAGAAAUUAGAGCCCUCAAAUGUG